CGGGAAGGUAAACGAGCAAGAUACUUGCUUGUACUUCAUUUGCUGCUGAACGAUUGUCGCGCUGCCUAAAUUUCGGCGAAAUAGGAAGAAAUUUUCGGUACGGUGAAUAACCGAAGCAAAAAGUGUAAAUCGAAAUGCACUCUGUGUGCGACAUGUGAACGCAUACGCGCGUUGAAAUGUAAUUUUCAACUGUAUCGAUAUUCGAUGCAACUAUGCAAGUGGUGAACACACGACCAAUCACCUCGGACCCUUGUAACUUACCACGAUUAUGGUGACUGCGUUACAUUUGGCAAAAGUGACAGUUCUGUGACAGCUAGCGCCGCCCGUUAGACGCAACGAGCGUCAAAAGAAAACAUCCGGUACUUUGUAGCUUUCGAGGUCUUUUUGGAGUGCAAAACAAAAAACAAUUCUACUGCUAUUGUGGCCUCACAUUGGCGUUUAAUAAACAUUCAUCGAAAAGAUGAAUGAAACGGAAGAGGUUCAGCUGAACCUGAAGUGGGACAACUUUUCAUCUCACUUGGCGCUUUCCUUCGACUCUUGUUACGAGUCCCAACAGUUUGUGGAUGUAUCGUUGGUAUGCAAGGAUGGGGAGGUGAUUAAAGGUCACAAAAUGAUACUCGCCAACACUAGCAAGUUUUUUCGACGUUUGUUGACUGAAAAUGAACAUCCGCACCCAAUGAUCGUCUUGCAUAACAUUGACGCUGACGAUCUCAGGAGUUUGAUGACUUUUAUGUACUGCGGGGAGGUUCAAGUAUUUCAAAACGAUCUCAAAAAACUGUUAGAAAUAGCUGAUACUUUAGAAAUCACGGGAUUACAGCAAAUUCAAGAACUGGAUAGUCCUGCCGUUCGCUUCGGUGUAAAAAAUUAUCUUGGUUCAAAUGCUGAGAUCAAUCGAACUGAAGCUUCUAAAAACAAUAUGGACUACGAAGGUAAUCUAAAUAGUUCGAGUGGCAAGCCUGCGUCAAAUCUUCUUAAAUAUGUCUCUAGCCUUGGUCAAAAAAACAAUUCAGAAUCUUCUCUUCAACCGUUCGAAAGUUCAAGUAAAAAAUUGCAAGAAAUGGCACAGAAGUUUGAGAAAUGUUCAAGGAGCGUCGGAAGCUGGUCGUUCUUACAGCAGGCGCAAAACGGUAAUGGGACAAGGAUACAGGAAAUACCAAGUGACUGCGAUAAUAAGAAAGUAAAAAUAUCUCAGAACAGAGAUUUGGAUAGAUUGGAAUUCAAAAGUUCAAGUCAGAAACUUCAGGAAAUGGCCAAACUGUUAGAAAAUGUGAAUCAUCACAAGUCGUCGGAAGCAUCCAAAGAAGCUUGGGAGGGUCAAAAGAGAUCGUUGGAUUUUGACAACGGCGUCACCGAACCUCCGGCUAAAAAAUCCAAUAUGACACCUAAUACUCUGAAUACUUCAGAGCUAGAACCGAAGGCUGAAAUAGCCGGGCGACUGUCCACAGUGCGAGAAACCCUUCCAGGUCGCUCAGCUGACGCCGAAGACCUUUUGCAAAACUGUGUCUUUAUCAAAGAUGAAGUUGAUGUUGCCACCGAUUGCAGUACAGCAUCAGAUGUCGAUCUGGAUAAUUCACCAGCAGACAACUUGCUCGUAAACAAUACUGAUCGUUUUGGGUCAAGCAUGCUGGCUGCAGAGCUGCUUAAGGCUGUUGCGAAUAAAAGGAAAGAUUCCAAAAAGCUGUUCACCGCAAUUAGAGAGCUGACAUUUGAAGUGCAGCGUCAAAGCUACGAAAUUCAAGAACUUCGUAAUUGUCUGCAGAGUCGUGGAUUUUUGAAAAUCGACACAAUUACCGUUAGAAGUUUCGCCGAGGAGUAUGGAAUAUCUUUACAGUUACAAACAGUCGAAGAGUUCAAAGACUUCGAUCUACGAUUAAAAAAUGAUGGUGAUUUUUGUGCAAAGUUUGUAUCCACAUUGGAACACCUUCUUGAAAAAGAAAUACAAAAGAGUAUAACAUCAAUAUUGAAAAGUUACGUCAGUAGAGACUUGGCAACAUCCUGCACUGCAAUAAGACGAUCAAAUGAUAAGAUGAUAUUCAAAGGCACCAAAUUUAACGAUUGUCUCUUCGCUCUCAUUUGCCAAUACCAUCGCAGAGAAAGAAAUGAACCUCUAACUGAAAAGGAAUACUACCAAGCACUCUCCAGCUGUCUAAGCAAUGCCAAGGAUUGGCAUGGAUUUCGCUCAGCUCGUAAAAACCAGAGUGCUGCACUUCGUCGGACAGGACAUGGAGAUAGAGACGAUGGGAGAAUUGAUUUGGGAAGUGGUGCCAAAGUUGAUGAAUUCGGUGAUCAGGACAGUAGAAAUGCUGAACAUGAUUAAGAGUAAAAUUAGAUUUUUAAGACUGAAAAUAUAGGGUGUGAAAGUUACUGGAAAUCGUACUUUCACGUUUUAUAAUGCAUUUUAUUUUUAUCAUAUUGUGACAUCACUACAUUUUAAUUCAAUGAAGAUCACUGUCUGUUCACUAAAGAAUGUCUAUUAUCAAAUAUUUUAGCAUCUCUUACUCGAGAGACAAAUUACCUAGUUCACAUUUGAUUAGAUUACUAUGAAACAUGACUUUUCUGUUCACUAAUUAUGUAGCAAAUUUAGAUCAUUUUUUCACAGAAUCAUUUGAUCUUACAUCACUAAUUAUAACUGAAAAUAUGAAGCAAUGAAGGUUGAUCUGAGCCUACGAUUACAAUCAAAGUAUCGACAAGCACGUGGAAGAGAGAAAGACUAAUCCAAUACGAGAUCGGAGAUGAAUUUACGUGGAGACUUGAUCCUAGACAGACUAAUUUUGGAAGAAAUUAUUCUAAAUUGUAACUUGUAAGGAAUAAUAGUACUAGAUAAGUAUUCUCAGUACUAGGGAAUGAUAGGCAUGUACAAAUUUUGACAAAGUAUGGGGUUCACUGUAGAAAUGGAGGUAUUAUUUUCCAUCACACAAACACACAAAAGUACAUAUUAUAUGCAUUUGCGCAUAAUUUUGCUGAUUCUUACCAAAUUGUAAGUAUCAAUUAUAAUAUAAUAUAAUAUAUAUAUAUAUACAUACUGACUAUAUAUGUUAGGUAGGAUUAGUAUAUGUUCAUAAAAUCACAAUGACACGCUCCAAUGAUCACAUUGCCCCAGACCUUAAAGGAGUAAUUUAACAAGUAUCCAUGAGUAUUAGUGAAAUCUGAUUUUUCUGAAUCUAAAUUAUUACCCUGAAAUAAAAUUGAAGAACAAAUCUUUGGUUCAUGUUUAUAUUGCGAUCUUCCAAUAUACCCAUCGGACAUAAUUAUAGACGAUUGCAUUACGCGAAAGCCCUGUAAAAUACAACAUUUUUAUGCACAAAUAAUUGAUAGUAUGUAUAAAACUGUACAUAUUCUGUAACAUUGUUCUAUCUUUUUAUCUGUAAUGUAUGUACAUAUAUUAUACAUGUUUCUUUUUUAAGUAAUUCUCGUUGUAUUGACAAUCCCGCAUCGUUGCUUUAAUAUUGUGACUCUGAUUCGAUUAAAUACGAUUUGAUCCUCACUCAA